AAUUAAACGUUAUCUAUAUUUUUUAAAUUUGACUUUAUUCUUUAAGUUAUUACUUUUUUUAAAUAACAUAUUUAAUAUUAUGCUAUAGAAUAUAUUUUUAGUGAUGUAAUUGCUACAAAAUUAAGUUUAUUGACGCAUUUUUGUUGUUAUUAUUUAAUAAACAAUGGCUUACAACCAUGCUAACAAAAAUAUGGAUAACUUCCAUAAACAAAAAUUAGCACGCGCAUUAUGCACAGCAAUGGCUGGUGAUGGCGAUAUACGGCUAGUUGACAUAUUACUAAACCAUGAUAAAGCUGAUCCUAAUGUACUUGUACCAGAAAUGUGUAUGACACCAUUUCAUAUAGCAGCGGGUCAUGAAAAUAUAGCUUUUGGAAAAAUUGCUGCUACACUCAUUUUACAUUGUGGUGGUGACCCAAACAAAACAUGUGAUGGUGGUCGGACUGUCUUACAUGUAGCCAUUGCAUGGAAUCGAUGGCAUGUAGUGCGUGUAAUACUUGAUAAUCCUUAUAUUUUAGUUGACCUUCGGGUAAAAGAUGAUGAAGGAUUUACACCUUUUGAUUAUGCUAUUAAAUUUAAUGCUUGGGAAUCUCUUGCUGAAUUACGUUCUCAAAAUGAAAAUGUUCAAUAUAAAAUGGGUAACAAUACAAGGAGAAGAGAAAACUAUUUUGGGCAAGAAUUACAUUAUUUUGAACAAAAUAAAUUUCCUAAAGUACAACUAAAAAAACAUGAAAUUUUUAAUUACUAUAAUUUAUCUACCCAAAGUGGUUACAAUGGAAGUGAAAGUUCAUUGGAUAGUAGUAAUAGUAUAAUUGACAAAAUAAAUAUUAAUCAUGAUUAUGAAAAGUGUUUAAAAGAUUCUUGCAUCAGAAAUGUUUCAUUAUUUUCAACAAAGUCAAUUAAUUUAUCUCAAGAAGAUUUAUUAAAUACAAAUGUUAAUAAAAAAAACUUAAUUGAACUUUCUAAAAUUUAUCAUAAAGAUAAUUUAAUUGGUAGAUCUUCUUCAUUUAAUAUAAAUAUAGAUAAUGAUUGCCUCCUAGAUAGUAUAAGUUUUCCAUUAAUGAAUUCAGUUAGUGAUACUAAAACAAAUUUAUCGUAUUAUGGUAUGGUUAAUGAAAACUUUGAUUUACAAAAUGACCUAAAUUUUAUUGACAAUGAUAGCAUAAUGACUGACAUAUCAAACUUAACAAAUCAAGCUAUUGACAGUGACAGUGACAAUGAGUAUUUUACAUGCCCCGAGAAAAAUAGCUUAGAGAAUUCUGAAGCCAGUAGCAGUAAAUCAAUAGAAGCCAUUUGUAACGCUUUUCCUAAUUUUAAUAUCAGUGACCACACUAAUUCAAAAUUCCUUUCAAAUAUUUUAGUAGAAGUGAAUACAAGUGAGGCUAGAAUUAUCAACUCCACCACAUCAUCUAUUAAAAGUAGUAGCUUAACGGAGAUAACGGAUGAUUGUGAUACUGAUGAUGUCCGCCAAAAUCUAAGGAGUCAUGGUAUUAUACCAGGCCCUAUAUUACCAGGCACAAAACGUUUGUAUUUAAGACGUCUCAAGCGAUUACUAAGUGAUCAAGUUCACUGUAAUCAAUACCCAACUCCUAAUAUUAAUUAUUUUUCAGGUGGAUCUUUUAGUCAACAAUUAGAGGAAUUAUUUAAAAUUGGAAAUUCGUGGAAAUCUGUAAUUAUGAGCUGGAGUUCAUUAGAAUGUGAUAUAGUGUGUAAUAAAAGUGGAUCAUCUUUCACAUACUUACUAUUAGAUCCUCGAGUGACUGAAAAUUUACCUAACCGAGUUGAUAGUUUUGAAAAUUCAAUUGAUGUAUUGAUAAUUUUUAUUAGAUCAAUUUUUUAUAUAGGAAAAGGAACAAAUGCUAGACCUAAUGAUCAUAUGAGAGAAGCAUUUAAUGAAUGGGUAGGCGUUGGUAGCAAUAACAAAGUCCCAAACCCAAAGAUUGAGUUUAUUUUAAAUUUAUGGCGUGAAAAUAAAGGUGUUGUAUGUGUUCAAGCAUUUCAUCAUUUAACUUCAAAAGAAGCUCAUAUUCGGGAAGCUGCAAUGAUAGAUGCAAUAGGAUUAAAUAGAUUGACUAAUGAGAAGCGUGGAACCUAUUAUAAUAAAAUCAUUAAAUGGAAAGGAAGCGACAAAUGUAAACUUGGUUGUUACCUAUUAUAUCGUGCUAUGCUUUUAUUAUUAGCUGAUGGAGAACGACAACUUCGACCUGUAGACUUGACUUAGUUGCUUCCAAGUAUAUUUCAAUCUUUUUUGCAUAAAAUAAUUUUUAUUCUUCUAGUCUUAGAAUAAGAUAAUUUGAAAUUAAAAAUUUUAAUAUAAAUUUUAUACCAUAGAUUAUUUUUAACUAUUUAUAUAUGAUAAUAUUUUUAAUUGUGUUAUUUCACCUUUUGUUCUUGUGAGAUUUGACUGAUAAAUAUAUUUAAUAUUUUGUUACAAAAAAUACUUACAUUAUAAUGGGAAAUGUUAACUGAACAACUAUUAUGCUAUGCAUUUUUUUUUAUCUACUUAUUAUUUAUUUAUUAUUAUUCAUUGAUAUGUAUUAGUGAAAAUUUACAAAAAAACUGUAUGAUAACUCUAAUUUGCCUUUGAUCAAACAAUUUUAUUGCAGGAGUUAAACUAUUGUUAAAUUAUUUUAAAAAAUUAGAUUUAAUAUUAUUUCA